CUUGAUGGGAUAUAUAUUUUUUGUUUUGAAUCGUAGUUUUUUGAGAAUUUCUGAAUUGUUCCACCCCAAUUUUCUACUCCAUUAAAAAAUAAUCAUUGUAUAUCUUCUUAAUUCAUCAGACAUCAAGAAUCAGUGGCCCUCAGGGUCGUUACAAUAAUAUUUCAUCGUCUCUCCUUUACUCUGGCAAAGUAAAAGUGUGCCAUAUAGUGAACAUCGACAUGUUUUAAUAGGACAGCAACGUGUUUCCGUGUUUGUUAUCGCUUGAUUCGUUCGGUAAUGGAGCCUCCAGUGAUGAAGGGUGCAGAGUGUGUGUUGGUGAAGGCGGAGCCCCCGUGGGAGUACACAGAGCAGCCCCAGAGCCCCCAGGCCGAGCACACAAGUAUGGUCAAAGCAGAGCCUGAGUCAAAGAGCGAAGAGGAUGCCAUCCUGCACCUCAAACAUGAGGUGAAAGAGGAAAUUGAGAUAGAGAUUAGCCCCGAGGUGUAUCAGCAACCCAAAGUGCCACUAGUAUCUCCAGGGCAAACACAACAUAAAGAAGUGGCGCAGCCAGACUCGCAAUUUUCGAUUCUUAGAAAAACACUUAUUCAGGGCAAAGAUGCAGACGAGAAUCCAUACAAAUGCAACUUUUGCGAUUACUCUAGUACUAAUAAGAAUCAUGUAAAAAAUCAUAUUGUGACGCAUACUGGAGAGAAACCAUAUAAGUGUGACUACUGUCCUUACACUUGUGCCAGAACUGGUGAUUUAAACCGUCAUAUGAAGAUACACACUGGUGACACUUUUAAAUGUGACUACUGUACUUACGCUUGUGCAAGUAAACGUCUUCUAAAACAACAUUUAUUUACUCACGGUGAUAAACCUUACAAAUGUAAACACUGCAGUUAUGCUGCAAACAAUGCCAGUAAUUUCAACAAUCAUAUGUUGAUACACACUGGUGAGAAAUCUCACCAGUGCAGCUACUGUUCUUACUCCACUUCCCGAAAAACCGAUUUAACAUGUCAUAUCAGAAUACACGUUGGACUAAAACCUUACAAAUGUGAUCAGUGUGGUUAUGCAAAUGCCAAAUUAGGUAAUUUAAGACAUCAUAUGAAGAUACACACUGGUGAGACACCUCAUAAAUGCGAGCAGUGUGAUUACGCUAGCGCAUAUAAAAGCAAUUUAAAAGCUCAUAUGAAGAGAGUACAUAAAAAGGACUUACCCUCGUCUGAAUAAGGCGGUCCGCUCCGUUUUUAGCGUUUGCACUUGUGUCCGACAGAAACAAGUAACUAUAGAAGUCUGACUAUACUUCGGUGUUUUGGCAUUAGAAAGAACUUCGCAGGUUCUAAAUCGUGCACUUUUUGCGGUAAAAUUUUGAGGUAAAUUGUAAUUAUUGACCAUGCUACAUUAGUUAAUUCCUUUAUUAUUAAGAAUUAAAGAGCCCGAUAAAAACUGCACGUUUACUUCUGUGUUCUUUCUAAUGCUAAAAAAACGAAGUACGAGUAUAGACCCAACGGAAAUUGUGCCGCGAGCGACUCAACUAUACAGUGCGCAGCUUCACAACGUCAAAAUAUCUCCGUAAUAACACACUAUGACCGCUAGGUGGCGCAUGCGCGAACAGGCGUCCGUUCCGUAGCGGUUGGUAUCGGUUCGCAGCAAUUACUAC